CGAGGACAACUGUCCUUAUCCCUCCUAGGCGCUCUAUUUGGAAAUCAACGUCACCGAUCUUAUGAUCAAGGACCAGAUCGCGCGGAGAAACGCGGUGCAAAACGAGGAGAUAGGGGAAGCGCUAGAAGAAGAAGAAGAGGAAGAAGAGGCGCUAUCGAGUGAGGGACGGGACGACCCCGACUAUGCCCUGGAGAGAGAAGCGGGGAUAGCGGGAGGAUCGAGCCAGCAGCGCGAUAAGAACGAAGAGGAGGAAGAGCCGAAGGAGCGAAAGCGAUGGGAAAACACAGAGGGGAAUCGGCCCGUGAAGGAGGGAAUGCCUAUCGAUCCAUCGAUAGGAGAUCCGUGGCGUGAUCCGGAGCUGCCAGAGGAAGAAGACGAUGGAGCCGCUGCAGAGGGAUCGCAACGGCGAAGAAGAAAAAGAAGCGAAUUGCCGGCUUCAUCCGGUUCCACACCCCGACCGUCCGUUCGUCUACGUCAAGAUCUCGGCGUUCGGGAUUCGUCCCCGGUCGUUCUCCCGCCGACCCCGUGACUACCUCAUGCUUACCCGCCUCCCUGGUAGACCUUCGUUCCCCGAUGGAUGGUGCCCUUUCCCCCACCACCUUUCCUACCAUCUCUACGCUACCCGCCUUCUAGUCUCCGUCUAUCCGCAUGUCACCACCCGCUCUGUAGUCGAUUCCUUCCUCCUUCAUGUGCUCCUGUUUAGCGCAGACUGGCGGGAAUAUAACCACGUAGAAAUAUACUGUGUUAUAUCUGGAACUAUCCCCGCCUGCGAAGACUAUGAGGAUUUUCGUGUCGCCUUGCGUCGAACCCUUUAACGGCGUUUUCGUUAAAAAUGAACUAUUUUGUAAAAAGUGAACAUAAUGAAAUUAACAAAGUAAC